CCAUACGCAGGCAAACUGCGGCUUUCAUUUCCGGGUGGAAGGUCAUCCACGUGGUGGUCUGCAAAAUUUAGCGUGCUGGACUUUUAUAGUAUGGGAGUCAGUUUGUAACAAAAUAAGGUGAUUAACUGGAAAAGUUGAAGAUUAAGUAUGGGGGAGUUUAAAGUACAUCGCGUCCGAUUCUUCGACUACAUGCCGUCGGGGAUCCGAUGUAUGGCGUUUAACCAGAGGACGGAGAGACUUGCUCUAGCGAGGCUUGACGGCACGGUGGAGAUAUUCAACUUCUCUGACAGAUACUUUCAAGAGAAGGUGAUUCCAGGGAACGACGCGAGGUCUGUGGAGGCCAUAUGUUGGGUGGCGAACCGGCUCUUCACCACAGGGCUGAACGGAGAAAUAACGGAGUAUGACCUGGAGAACCUGUGUCCGAAAUACUCCGUAGAUGCUUUUGGGGGGCCUAUUUGGACAGUAGCCUGCAACGCCCUGGGGACACACUUGGCGGUUGGUUGUGAAGAUGGAUCAGUGAAAUUGUUUGAAGUCCUUCCAGAGAAAAUCCGUUUUGAGAAAAAUCUAGAUAGACAGAAAGGGCGCAUCCUCUCUCUCUCAUGGCAUCCGUCUGGCACACGGAUCGUCGCUGGAUCGCUCGACGUGAUCAACAUUUUUGAUGUCCAGUCAGGUCACAUGAUGCAGCGGAUGUUGGUUGACCGUGGCACGGUGAACUCUCGAACGCGCGAAUGCGUGGUCUGGAGCGUGUUCUUCCUGUCCGAUUUCACCAUCAUCAGCGGUGACUCGUCUGGAAAAGUGCAGAUCUGGGACAGUCACACGGGUACCCUCAACAAAGCGCACCUGGUCUCCAAGUGGGAUGUUCUGGCUCUUUCCCUGUCCCAGGAUGAGAGCAGUCUGCUGGCAGGAACCUCAGAAGGUACCGUGGUGCAGUUCCAGUUCCUCUCGCCCACCCUGGGGGCGAGCGAAAAGGAAUGGGUCAGAACCAGAACCUUUAAGCACCACACGCAUGAUGUGCGAGCAGUGGCAGAGAUCGGCACUGCAGUCGUGUCUGGAGGUGUAGACACACAGCUGGUAGUGCGCCCUCUUCUGGACAAGGUGGAUGUAAAGUCUUAUGACACUGGGCUGCGUAAGAUCCAAUUUCCCCACCGCCCCCUGGUGUCAUGUGCCGCGAAGGCGGGGCUACUGCUCUUCCAGUUUCCUGUCCAGCUGGAGCUGUGGAGACUGGGGGAGGGUGAAGGCCCGGGGAGACCUGGGCACAGUUUAAUUGUUACGAGAAAACCUGAGAAGCUUCUGCAGUUGAAGAGAAAGGGUGAAGACCACAUCUGCUGCAGUGCCAUCUCGCCCUGCGGGAGCUGGGUGGUCUACUCCACGGUGUCGAGCAUACGACUCCACCGGCUGCAGUACGACGGCAGCAACAUCAGCAUCGCCAAGGUACCCCGGCUCCCCAAGGUCCUACGGUCCGCCCACCAGCUCUGUUUCUCUGCCGAUUCCUCCAGGCUAUUCGUUGCCUCAUCCCGGUCAACGGUUCACGUGAUUGCUCUCAGCCAAUCUGAGUGCAAGUAUUUGCAUACAUUCAAGUCCAGUUCAGGUUCCACUGAGCCGAUGCACCUUUUGGCGGCCAGCGCGGACGGCAGAUGGCUGGCUGCGGCCAAUCGCGCUUGUGAGGUGCACGUCUACAACGUGCGCAGCCGGAAGCCCCACUGCAUUGUGCCCUUGUACGGCUCGUGUCCAACCGCAAUGGCCAUCCACCCAAGCACCAACAACCUACUUAUGGUGCAUGCAGACCAGCUGAUAUUCGAGUACAGCAUAGAGGAGAAGCAGUACACAGACUGGAGCCGUAGGGUGCAGAAGGAGGGCCUUCACCGACUCUGGCUGGAGAGGGACACGCCGGUCACUGGUGUAACCUUCAACCCCAGCAAUGCUUCCCAGUUCCUCCUGCACGACACUUAUAUGUUCUGCAUCGUGGACCAGCGCCUGCCUCUUCCAGACCAGAAGGCUCAGCUCUAUAACCAGCUGACCCUUAAGAGCCUCUCAGAGCAGGAUCGGAAGAGUUACUCACACGCCUUCAAGUUCUGCAAGAAAUACCAGCCCCUGCUCUGUGUAAGUGUAUUGGAGGAUCAGUCCGUCGUGGUGGUGGAGCGCCCCCUGUUGGACAUUGCCACCCAGUUGCCAGCUCCAGUAAGACAGAAGAAAUUUGCCACAUGAGGAUUUUCCUUUCCCGUGUGCGUGUUCCUGAUCCCUGCGUUCUCCUGCCUCCUCAUCCUCCGCAAAAACUAAUGUGUUCAAUGAAAUAAUAAAUUAAAUAUUUAGUUAAAAAAAUAA